GUAAGAAUUUACACCAUAUUUGAGGAAAUAUGAGUGCCUACAAUCGGAAGAUGUUGAAAAAGAAGGACCCCAACUUGGGGGCAUCGUCCGAUGCCGAGAUGGACGAGUCCGGCUACAUGUCCUUUCGAGUGCAGCACAACUCAACCGCGGAGGCGCCAUUUUUGUUGGAGCGCGACUGCGAAAGCGAGAAUAGUCGCAACAACAAUGCAACAAAUUCAACUCUCCACAGGGGCUUUGCCUCGUCGCUGUACCAAACGCCCAGCAGCCAUCCGAGAGAUCAACUCUGGACCAAGAACUACCCGCUGACGGUCCCCGCCAGCAACAGCUUCAAUAGCUUCGACGAGCCUUAUGGGACGCCGAACCUGCAGGAAGUUCAGAGCAUUCCAAAGCGCCGUAAGAAGCACUUUCUGGCCCCUCACAGCAGCCCAAAGAAGUCAAAGAAGCUACUGUUUCCACAACCGAACGAGCCACUGAACAGGAGACGCUACUUCGAUGGUUUGGAACAUUGCGACAUCUUCAGUAUGCUGAGCCAAACCCAGCCGGCCCUGGAGUGCAUAUUGAGGCAUGUGAAUGCCCAAACGCUGGACGUAAUGACCAAAGUAUCGAAAAGCUGGGAGCAGACUGUCUACAAAAGCCAGCGGUCCGUGGAGCGUCUGCACAAUCAUCGCCUCAAGAUGAGCCUCACCAAAGAGAAUCCCUAUCUGCCCAAGAGGAGACACAAUGUGUUCAAAACCAACUCAACAGUGCCAUUACAAACUUCGAAUAGUAUCAACAACGCCAACAACACCUCAUCCCUCUUCGAUACAGCCCACAACAGUCUUCAACUGAUGGAGGCAGACGCCGGCCGGGUAUUGAAGGAGCAAACCCAACGAAUCAAGUGUCCCCGCUGCGGCAAGAGCAGCCGUGUCUUCGUCAGCGAGGCUUCGCGGGACCGAAGCGAGGGAAGCCUGCUGCUGUCGCAAACACUGCCACCGAUUAAAAAUUCAUUUGCCAUCAGCGCGAGGCCACCCAUGUCACGCUUCCUGUCGCUGGAUCUCGACGAGAUCAAGGUCUCGCAGCCGACCUACAAUUUUGCCGAAUGUACCAGUGUCAUCUGCAAGUUCCGCUUCUGCAUCAACUGCCUGUGCAAGUCUCAUCCGGGCGAGCGAUGCCUGGUCACCGAGCUGGGAACACCCUCGAAGUUAAUGAUGCCCAGCGAAAGGCUGACGCCACCGCAGCGCAACCAGAGGCAAGACUACAAGCUCAAGAAAAAAAACUCACUGAAGCGCUUGUGCUUUUAAUUCCAUAGUUUUAAUUAAUUGUAGCUUGUAGUAUCUUGAAAACGUUUGCCUAAGUUCUUUUUACGUUUUUACGUUUAGUAUUUGAGUGAGUUCGUAUUAUGUUUACUUUACUUUGCGUUUAGUUCAGUUUUUACCUGUUUGUCAUCCAUCACCCAUGCAUAACGAAAUUCCCAUUAAGACUUACAUUUUUAAACUGUUCUCGCUUCAAGACUCCUGAACAAUCUGUACCUCUGUGAGAUUAAGCACACAUACAAAAGUAUUUUUUACAUUUUCAAAAUAUAAGAACUAUACAAAAAUGA